CCCAGGAGCACUUACUCCUCAUUUCCAGCAAGGACAAUCUAACUACAGAGACCAUGGCAUCCAGUUUCUCGGUCAGGAGUUUCUCAGCUGGGCGUCAGCCCUCGUUUUCCAGCAUGUCGCUCAGGGACCCCAUACGGAGCCAUUCCAAAGCCUCCGUGUCGUUCGCGGCACCCAGGCCUCUCACUCGCUCCAUGUCCAUGAGUUCUGACAUCAACGGGCUGACAGCCUACUCAGUCAACGGCCUGGGCAGCAGCACCAACGAGAAGGAGGCCAUGCAGGUUCUCAACAACCGGCUGGCCAAGUACCUGGACAAGGUGCGCACUCUGGAGAAGUCCAACUCUGAGCUGGAGAUACGCAUUAAGAAGCUGAUGCUGGAGCGCAUACCUAAGGGCUAUGAUGUCGACGGCAUGGUGGCACAGGCCCAAGCCUUGGAGCAGGAGGUGAGGAAGAAGACUCUGGAAAAUGCACGCAUCAUGUUGGAGAUUGACAAUGCAAAACUGGCAGCUGAUGACUUUAAGAUCAAAUGGGAAACAGAGAGCGCUAUGUGUCACUCUGUGGAAAGGGACUGUGUGGCUCUAAAAAAGGCCAAGAAUGACCAUGAACACAUCAUUGCCAAACUGCGUGGUGACCUGGACAGCCUGAAGGAAGAGGUGUACUUCCUAAAAAAGAACCAUGAGGAGGAGAAAGAUGGUCUUAGGUCACGUCUGGCCCAGGAAGAGUUGAAUGUGGAGGUGGAAACAACCCGUGGGCCUGACCUUGGAACAACCUUGGCCGAACUCAGGGCACAGUACGAGGGCAUUGUGCAUAAGAACAAGGAGGAGGCUGAGCUCUGGUACCGCAAGAAGGUGGAGACAUUGCAGUCCAAGGUGAAGGAGAGCAAUGAGGCUUUGCGUAGAGGACAGAAUGAGAUUGUCGAGAGACAGCGCCUCAUGCAAACCCUGGAGGUGGAGCUGGACAGCCUACACAAACAGGUGGCUUCUCUGGAGAUGAAUCUUGGGGAGACCGGACAGAAGUAUGCCGGAGAGAUGGAACAGCUUCAGGCCAACCUGUCUCAGCUGGAGGACGACCUGUCCCAGCUCCGCCUCGAGAUGCAGCGCAACAAGACUGACUACGAGCAACUGCUCCGCAUCAAACAGAACCUGGAGCUGGAGAUCGCCACCUACAAGAGACUGCUGGAGGGAGAGGACGUGGUUAAGGAGAUCCCCAAAAAGGAACCUGACGUACGCACCAGGAAGAUUGUCAAGGUGGUGACACAGACUAUGAUCAAUGGCAAAAUUGUGGAUGAAUCCAGUGAAGUUGAGAAGAUUGAGGAGGCUAAGAAGUGAAAGAGGGCCAUCCUUUCUGAGGCCAUUGUGCUGUCCAUAUAAAGCCUUCACUGUUAGUUAGGGACCAUUUUACCCCAGGGCCCCUGGAGGCUCUUGUAGAACACACAAAUGCCUGUUUGAUUCUCAACAAAGUCUUUUAGAACGAUCAUCUUUCCUGAUCCUCUUUCAACCAAUGAGGAAAGAGCGCGUAAAGAUCAGCUCUAGAGUCAGGAUUACGGUUCUCACACUGUACAACGACUCUUUCGUCUAAUGUUACCCACGCAUGCAAAUUUUACUUCUUUCUAGAAAGGGAAAAUGUAACUCUAUGAAACAAUUGGUUUGGGUUUAAGCACAUCCACUUUGUCAA